UCGGGUUCCGUCGCAAACGGCGUUUCGGUCGAAGCUCCGCCGAGGCGGUCCGGGGUCUGCGCCGCCGCCAUGGCCACGCCGAGCCUCUCCUCGUGCUCCUCCAUCGAGGACGACUUCAACUAUGGCAGCUCGGUGGCGUCGGCGAGCGUGCACAUCCGAAUGGCAUUUCUAAGAAAAGUCUACAGCAUCCUUUUUCUACAAUUUCUUUUAACUACGGCAACAACUGCAGUAUUUUUAUACUUUGACUGCAUGCGGACAUUUAUACAGGAGAGUCCUGUUCUAAUAUUGGCAUCAACGUUCGGAUCCAUAGGCUUGAUUUUCGCGUUGACUUUAAACAGACAUAAGCAUCCCCUGAAUCUGUACCUGCUUUGUGGAUUUACACUGUUGGAAUCUCUGACGUUGGCCUCUAUUGUUACUUUCUAUGAUGUACAUGUUGUUAUGCAAGCGUUUAUGCUGACUACUGCAGUUUUUCUUGUUCUGACUACCUAUACUCUACAAUCAAAGAGAGAUUUCAGUAGACUUGGAGCAGGAUUGUUUGCUGCUUUGUGGAUUUUAAUUUUGUCAGGAAUCUUGGGGAUAUUUCUGCAAAAUGAGACCGUGGAGUUGGUCCUGUCUGCUCUGGGGGCCCUUGUGUUCUGUGGAUUUAUCAUCUAUGACACGCACUCACUAAUGCACAAGCUCUCCCCUGAAGAGUAUGUGUUAGCUUCCAUCAAUCUCUACUUGGAUAUCAUCAAUCUGUUCUUGCAUCUGUUGCGACUUUUGGAAGCAGCUAAUAAGAAAUAAAGUUUAAAAUAUAAUA